AUGAUAGAUCAUGUCCUGGGCCGCCCUUCGGUCCAGUUUCGUAAGAUUCAGGUCUUUUCUGUUGUAUCCUUUUGGUCGUUGUAUCUGCUUAGAGGUAACCACCAUGGCCCUCCAAUUCUCCGCAGGCUCUCCGCCUACCUUUCCAAACGCCUUACUAGUUGGCAGACCGUGGUCAUAACCCUACUAUACCUAUACAUAUGCCGCAACUUCGCUAAGCUAUUUGGGCUCGAAAGCCCCGAGCCUUUGGCAAACCUCUAUAGCAGGUCGUAUUUCCGAGCAACAUGGAUAACGACAGCUCUGGAUGCAGGGUUCUGGACAGCUAUGAAAAUACGGAGGAAGUGGAUACGAGAUCUGGCUUCGAUCAUAUUCACCGCACACUACCUGAUUGCUGCUGAGCAGGCGGAUGAAAAGGUUCGGAAAGUCAGGGGCAUGCUCACGGUGGAUCACCUGAGGGUCUCCUGGAACAAAACUACGACACCAUACCUUUCAUUCAUCACGAGAUUGAUGAGGCCGAAGCUGACCCGAUAUCCACCGCGGGCCAUACGUAUCCCGAGACCAGCGGAGUCUUCUUACAAGGAACCUGUCAAUGCAUGGCUUUACUUUGAUGGUCCAUUGUCUUCGCUCAAGAAUCAUACAAAGGUCAUUCUGGAUUUCCCGGGAGGAGGCUAUGUCGCCAUGACUCCCAGGCACCAUGAUGACAAGCUGAUGGCGUGGUCUGGAAAGACCGGAUUGCCUGUACUGAGCUUGGAUUACAGAAAGGCUCCGGAAUACCCAUACCCAUAUGCACUGAAUGAAUGCUACGACGUGUACCACACGCUCGUAGUGACCCGGGGACGCUGCAUUGGAUUAGCUGGGCAAACAGCACCACGUAUCAUCCUUACGGGCGAUAGUGCUGGCGGUAAUUUCGCUACCGGAGUUGUGCUCAUGAUACUGCAAUCAACCGAUACAGACCCUCAGCGACUGCACGGCCAAGAAUCGCUGCCUGUACCAGAAGGCCUGAUUCUUAUCUAUCCAAGUCUGGACAUGAACAUAGGAAAUUGGAUGACAGAUGAUCGAAUGGCGCUCAUACAAGAUCAACGGACGCGGAAGACUAACCGAGACGUCCUCCGGAGGAAGAGCGAGGACUACUACAGGCUAACGCCAGAAACCCCACAGCCCUCGGACGACGAAGCAGAAGAAACCAUGUCGCCUCAGCGUGCUAUUGCCGACGUCAACCCCACCAACGCCAGUGAGAAAUCUGAUACACCAAUGGAGCCUCCGACGAAGAAUGAGGCUGCAGCUACAGUGGCUCAUCACACUGCGAGCCUGGUAUCGUCCAAGCCCAGAGUUCUGAAGACCCGACUUGCCGUUUCCUCCAUGAUCUCCUACUUCAACGAUCGGAUUCUUACGCCGGAGAUGAUGCGCGCCAUGAUUAUCCUCUAUGUUGGUCCUCACAAUCGACCUGACUUCAGCACUGAUUACCUCCUCUCCCCAUUGUUAGCUCCUGAAGCUCUACUUGCCCACUUUCCCAAGACCUUCUUUUUGACUGGCGAGCGAGAUCCUCUCGUCGACGAUACUGUCAUUUUCGCUGGCCGUCUUCGCCAGGCCAAGCACAACCUUUUCGUACAAAAGAAAGAGCUGAGUCUGCUGAGGAUGAAAGACGAGUUUGAUGAAAGAGAUCAUGUCGAAGUGACGUUGAUUCCGGGCAUCUCACAUGGUUUCCUGCAAUUUGUUGGGAUAUUUCCUGAGGCCUGGAAGCAUCUGUUCCGCUGCUCAACCUGGAUCGAGGAGGUCUUCGAUGCUUCAGAUGGCACCGACAGUCCCCAAUUGACCCGUCGUUCAUCGCCCACUCAUGCAGCUGGGCAGGAUGGCCGCCACCAUCAUCGUGCUCCAACGGAGAGUUCUGGAGACGAAGAAUCACCGUUAAUGAUGAGUUCGCUGAAUGCAAAUGGACAUGCACCAAAGCCAGUUAGAAGAGGCAGAGGCAAGAGAGUAAGGCAUCAAGACGGCGAGCGGCGGAGAAACAGAUCGAUGGUAAGCUUGGCGAGUGAAGAUGACUUACUUGGGAGAAGGAUGAAAGGGUUGACUGGGGGCUUGAUGGGGCUUACGAGUGGGACGCAGACACCCUGA